AUGAAGGAGAUUCCCCUGGAUGACUCCGUGGCCUACAAGCACUCCUAUCCUUUGCCCGCCUGCCUUCCAGGAGCUGAAGACGGGCAGCAUGCUUUCGUGCUGCACCCCAGUGUUUUCAGCAUGGACAACGAAGCCUCUUUAAGGGAACCGCCCGCCCUUGACACGACAGAGAAGCUCCUCAACAACUUCGCGGUCGACGGGUUUGAGAGCACGGGUGAGCCGGUCCUCGUUCGAAUGCAGGACAGUCGAAUGCACGACUCUGGUGACAUCCCGGCUGGCAGUGUCUGGUUCUUGAAAGGGGCUGCCAGGGUGACUACGGCCAUUGCAGCUGUUGUUGCAUGCCACUUCACUGGCGAGCAGGUGCCGGAGGCUCUGAAGAAGAGUCUGGCAUGUAUGAAAUGCAAGCACAUCCGCCUGGCCGAUCGACAGCAGGAGUUGUUUUUCAACAUGAAGAAGUCCACCAAGGGCAGCAUUCGGAAAUCACCCAAUGCCAUGAGCUGGGUUUUCAGCCUGACGAACAUGUCGAAUUCCAAUGCCAGCCUGUAUGAUCCAGCCCAGCUCAUCAAGUCUUGGAGUCUUUGGCAGAGACUGUGUGUUCGUGUGUCGGCUUGCAGCUGCUGUGUCCAAGCCGCAAACCAAUCUGGACUCAGGAAUGAGGAUGCAGCGAAGCAUGACAAGAUUGUGGGUGCCAAGGCCAUGGCGGUGAAGUCGGUUUUGGAAAUGCCGGAGCAGUGCCGCGUGUCGAUCCUCGCCGCCGUCAGCUUGUAUGGAUGGGAGGGCGACUGGGGCAGCAAUUGA